AUGACCGGCAGCAAAAAGAAUGAUUUGUAUGAAUUCACGGGUUCCGGAGGAGGCUCGUGGCAGCAACUCUUCCCAAGUGGAUCUGCACCUGCGGAGCGCAGUGGUCCUGUCGGUGUUUGGAGCCCCAGCGACAGAAAGAUGUACAUUUUUGGCGGUUCUGGACACAACAACAUCCGCCAAAACGAGCUGCAUUAUUUUGAUGAGACUUCAUGGACACAGCUUAGCCCCGGCGGUUCUGCACCCACCGCACGCAGCGAUGCUACUGCAGUUUGGAGCCCAGAUGAGAACAAGAUGUACGUGUUUGGCGGCAGGACAACCAGCGUGGGGCUGAAUGACCUGCACUGCUACGAUGCCAACAGCAACUCAUGGCAAGAGCUGUCGCCAAGUGGUUCCGCGCCUACUGGGGUCGUGCUCGCCUCAUCUGUGUGGAGCCCCUGCGAGAGCAAGAUGUACGUGUUCGCUGGAGAGACAAUUGACUUUUCCGCUGUGGUGAACGAGCGGCACAGCUAUGAUGUCCAAAGCAAUGCCUGGCAACCUCCAGUUGCGCGGCAAUCACACAGCGCGGUUUGGAGCGCUGACCAGGGUCUCAUGUACGUAUUUGCGGGGUUCAACUCGAUUGACUCUUCCGUCAUCCUCAACGACGUUUUCAUUUACGACAGCCAGGCUGACUCAUGGCAAGAACUGUCUCCCAGCGACUCACCGCCCGCGCGUGGCCAACAUGUUGCAGUGUGGACUGAUAUCAACAGCAUGUUGAUUCUGCUCGGCAUGGAUAGCGGCGGUGUUCGCAAGAGCGACAUUCACGAGCUGACAAUCACGUCGUUCACGACUACCCAAGCAUGCGCUGCAGCGACGUCCAUCAUGUCCACCACAGCUUCCAGCGACUCUUGGCAAGAGCUCACUCCCACUGGUUCUGCACCCAUCGCCCUCACAGGCGCGAGUGCAGUGUGGAUCCCUGGCGAGAACAAGAUGUAUCUUUUUGGUGGAAGAUGGAAAUCCGGAAUGACCGGCAGCAAAAAGAAUGAUUUGUAUGAAUUCACGG